AUGGAAUCUUCUGUUGAAAACAGAUCUCCGAAUGCCUCCUGUAAUUCACAACCUAAAAAAUCAACCAAGACUGUUCGACAUAAACCAGAUACUUACAAAGCUACAUGUAUUUUAUGUAAAACUUCCAUGAAGGCUAAAAUAUGUGUAAUUCGAACCCAUGCCAAAGGUCAAACUCACAUGCGAAAUAUUAGUGGCACUAAGAAGCAAACUCCCAUCACUACUUUUACAGAAUCUAAUAUUAAUAAUAACUCUAACAACUCGGUACAUAGAGCUGAGAUAAAAUUGUGUGGUUUUUUAUCAAAACAUAAUCUUUCAUUUAAAAUCAUGGAUCAUCUUGGUCUAUUAUUGAAAAGUUGCUUUCCUGAUUCACAAAUCACUCAAAAAAUUCAAAUGAAAAGUACUAAAUCUUCUGCUAUUGUUAAGAAUGUCAUUGUCGUAUCUAAAAAAGAAUAUUUAGCUAACAAAUUGAAGAAUAAUAAAUUCAGUAUACUUGUUGAUGAAUCAACUGAUAUAUCAGCAAUUAAAGCACUGUGUAUUGUUAUGAGAUUUUAUGAUUGUGAAGCUAGUAAAAUUGUUAGCCGUUUUUGGGACCUCUGCCAAGCCUUCAGUGACACUAAUCUGGUUGAUGCAGCAACUGCAGAACAUCUUUUCAAUAUUGUGAAAUUAUCAUUUGAUGAAUAUCAAAUCCCCUACUCCAAUAUCAUUGGUUUCGCUUCGGAUGGUUGCAAUACAAUGAUGGGGUGUAAUAAUUCAGUUGCCACCAGAUUUCAAGAUUUAUGUCCUAAUAUAUGCAUUUUUAAAUGCAUAUGUCAUUUUUUGCACCUUUGUGCAAGUACUGAUUGCAAACAACUACCCAGACAAUCUGAAGAUUUGGCACGUGAUGUUUUCAACUUGUUAAGUGCAAGUGCUAAACGACAAUUUGAGUUGAAAGAGUUUCAAGAGUUCUUAGACGUUGAAGUACACAAGAUUUUACACCCUUCUUAA